AUGUCGGUAAGAAAUCGUACGGCACCCGGUCCCGACAGAAUAAGACCAGAACACCUGAAGAGCCUUCCGCCAGUACUCAUCAACACCCUGGCGAGGCUCUUUACACGUUAUCUGUCGGAAUGCAAGGUUCCUAAACAGUGGAAGACCAGCAAGACCGUGUUGUUGUAUAAAAAGGGAGAUCCACAUGACAUCGGCAACUAUCGCCCAAUCUGCCUACUGUCCGUCAUCUACAAGCUCUUUACAAGAGUAAUCCUUAAUAGGAUUGAAAAAGUCUUGGAUGAAGGACAGCCAUGCGAGCAAGCAGGGUUUCGAAAAGGAUUCAGCACGAUUGACCACAUUCACACUGUUUCGAAACUCAUCGAGGUAUCACGAGAGUACAAGAUGCCGCUCUGUCUCACCUUCAUCGACUUAAAGAAGGCUUUCGACUCGGUUGAGACGGAAGCGGUCGUGGAAGCCUUGGACAACCAAGGCGUCCCUACUCAAUAUAUAAAGGGUGAUACAAUUUCACCCAAAAUAUUCACAGCCACCCUCGAGAACGCAAUGCGAAAGUUGGAAUGGGACGACAUGGGAGUGAAGGUUGAUGGUCGGCAGCUACACCAUUUGCGCUUUGCUGAUGACAUCGUACUGGUAACACCUAGCAUCAGCCAAGCGGAACGAAUGCUGACCGAAUUCGACGAAACAUGUGGAUGCAUCGGUCUUCAGCUGAAUCUACAAAAGACGAUGUUCAUGCGGAACGGAUGGGUCUCGGAUGCCCCAUUCACGCUCAACGGAACGAACAUAUCCGAAUGCACCAGCUACGUUUAUCUGGGUCGGGAACUGAACAUGAUGAACGACCUGACCCCGAGCUGGGCAGGAGGAACGAGCGGCUGGGGAGCGUACAAGAGCAUCGAGGAUGUAGUGAAGAAGACCAGGAACACCCGGCUCCGUGCUCACCUCUUCAACACCACCGUACUUCCUGCUUUGACCUAUGCUUCGGAAACCUGGGCAUUUCGCAAGCAGGAAGAAAACGCGUUUCUCUGCACUAGAUACGAAUUUUUAGUUGUGCUACUGAGUUUAUGCUAUGGUGUGAACCUUCCGGAUUACAACAAAAAACUCGAGGAUGCUCUACUCAAGAACUACAACAGUCGCCAUCGACCGGUUAAGAAAGAAUCGACUACAGUUCAAGUGAGCGUCUACAUGGGUAUCAGCCACGUGGAGAAAGUGGACGAGCAUGAGCAAACAAUGCUGGUGCAUGGUCACUUAUGGGCAACAUGGUUUGAUGAGUAUCUGGUUUGGGAUCCGAAGGACUACAAUAGCACCUCUAAGAUCAACGUCGAUUCUUGGAGAAUCUGGCAACCAGCUCUCGCUCUCUACAAUAGUGCUCGAGGCAAUUCAUGGCACCUAUACAUGCAUGGCCUGCCCGCUAUGAUCACUAAUACUGGCAGAGUGUGGGCUAGUGGGUCGUUCUCAUUCCAUGUAACUUGCAGAUUCGAUUUUUCGUCCUGGCCUUACGAUGAACAAGAGUGUCCUAUUGUAAUAGCCGAUUGGGUGUACGACUUGUCCCGUGUCAACCUCUCGGACCCUCAGGGAGAUGCUCCUUGGAAUAAACCAUCUAUUCGUCUCAAUUACGACCCUCUCCGACAAGAUGAGAAGAAGCACGUUGCAGGAUGGGAAGUGUUCGACACUUGGAGGCGGCACUGUUACUGGGGCCCUAGCGGCUGCAAGGAAGAGCUACCAGACGGGCAGCCAGAAUGGUAUUGGUCGCUUCUGGAGUUUGGAGUGAAGCUGAGACGACAUGCUCCAUAUUUUGGCCUCACAAUUAUUAUGCCUACGAUAAUUACCUGUUUUCUGACUUUGUGCUCAUUCUGGAUAGACACACCGUCAAUGGCCAUUGCAUUGGUGAUUUUCAAUGUCCUACUACAGGGCCUGUUUGGAUGGGACUUAAUUCGUGAGCUGCCUCCUGGUAGUGGAAGCGUCCCAAAAAUUGUGACCCUCUACGGUUUUAAUCUGUCCAUGACAACACUUGCAUUUGUGAUCAACGUUCUUGCGCAAUUCUUUGAAUCGGUCUUGCCUGAUGAUCUAGAAUUGCCUGAAGUGGUUUCAACACUACCAGAGAAAUUACGACUAGCACAACUUUUCCAGGUGAAAGGACUUUCCUUUGAUCCACAGCAGUUGUUGAACUAUAACGUUGAAGAAGAGGAUCCAAAAGAGUUCAACUCCCCUCUCUGUUCCAUCGAACCAACGAAUGCUCUGGAAGAAGACGAUCGUAAACAAGACGAAAGGAGAGAUACUGACGGUGAAACCCUAAUCCCUAUGGAAAAUGAAAGCCCGUCUACUGUUAUUUCGUUAUCACCUGUGCCGCCAAAUACACAACCAUCUCCCAUUCCAGCGGAGGACGAGGUUGUCAUCUCUAAAACAUCACAAUCGGUGUAUCUUGUGCGCAGGGUGUUCUUCUGCGUUUUCUUCCUCUUGUACUUGAUUGCUGUGCCUGUUUGUCUUAUUUGA